AUGCCGAGCCAGGUACAACGCCAGGAAGCACACAUAACAUACAUUGCGGGCCGCACUGAACGGAGCAAAGGCCGAGAGAGAGAGAGAGAGAGAGAGAUGGCAGUUGCUGAUAAGCCUCAUGCUGUGAUGAUCGCGUUCCCAGCUCAAAGCCACAUCAAAGGACUCCUCAAACUUGCUAAGAUUCUCCACCGAAGGGGCUUUUACAUCACCUUUGUCAACACAGAAUUCAACCAAAGACGAUUCGUAAAAGCCCAAACACCCGAUUCCCUAGUCGGGUUGCCUGAUUUCCAGUUCAAAACGAUUCCGGACGAUCUUCCUCCGUCCGACCGGGAUGCCACCCAAGAUGUUACGGCUCUAUGCGGAUCCGUUAGAAGGAACAUGUUGCCACACUUCCGGAAUCUCCUUGGCCGACUCAACGACGCAGCACCUUCCGCUAAUCCUCCGGUGACUUGCAUCUUGUCCGACGGUUCUAUGCCUUUCACCAUCACAGCUGCUAAAGAGCUCGGAAUUCCUGUUGCCGUUUACUGGACUUUUUCCGCUUGUGGCUUCGUGGGCUUUCACCAGUAUCGAUCUCUCCUGGACCGAGGUCUGACACCACUCAAAGAUGCAGGUUUCCUAGAGAAUGAGUACCUGGAGACUAAAGUAGACUGGAUUCCAGGAAUGAGGGACAAGGAUGUUCGUCUCAAGGACCUUCCAACGUUUUUCCAAACAACCGACCCAAACGACGAAAUAUUUAACUUAGCCAUGGAAGCCGCUGAAAGAGCUGUGGAAGCAUCAGCUUUCGGCCUACACACUUUUGAUGCGUUGGAACCGGACGUUUUGGAAGCUCUGUCCUCUAUCUUCCCUAACAUGUACUCAAUUGGUCCUCUGCAGUUGCUUCUGAAUAGGACGUCAAAUGGAGAAGACAAAUUGGAAUCUUUGGGCUACAAUCUAUGGAAAGAAGAACCAGAGUGUCUACAAUGGCUAAAUUCGAAGGAACCCGGUUCGGUGGUUUACGUCAACUUCGGCAGCGUCACCGUCAUGUCACAGCAACACUUGGUGGAGUUCGCCUGGGGACUGGCCAAUAGCAAGCGCUACUUUCUGUGGAUUAUUAGGCCUGACCUUGUGAUCGGUGAGGCGGCGGUGUUGCAGCCUGAAUUCGCAGAGGAAACGAAGGAAAGAGGGUUGAUAGCUAGCUGGUGCCCGCAAGAGGAAGUACUGAACCACACCGCCGUGGGCGGAUUCUUAACGCACAGCGGAUGGAACUCUACCAUCGAGAGCUUGUCGGCGGGGGUGCCCAUGAUUUGUUGGCCCUUCUUCGGGGAUCAGCCGACCAACUGCAAAUUCACCUGCACCACAUGGGGGGUUGGACUGAGAAUCGCUAGUGAUGUUAAAAGAGACGAAGUGGAAGGGCUGGUGAGGGAGUUGAUGGAAGGAGACGAGGGGAAGAAGAUGAAGAAGAAGGCCGUGCAGUGGAAGGAAUUGGCGGAAAAGGCCGCCAGUCCGGGCGGUUCAUCUACUUUCAAUUUGGACAAAUUCGUCCAAGUAUUGCUAAAGUAG